AUGUUGUUAAUGGGAACUGGAGAUCUCCGAGAAUUAGCUGAUAUAUCACCAGACGAGUUUCUAAAAUUAUUAGAGUACGGUUGUCGAGUUGCUGAAGAAAUUGCACGCAAAAAUCGAAUGCGUCCGUGCUUUAAAAAUAUUCAAAGUUUAUGUGCUAACACGCGCUGUGAUAUUCUUUUACCGAAUAACAAUAUAUCUAAUAUUCAUACGCAGGGGUUAUCUUGGAUAACCAAAGAUUUUAUAUAUGCAUUUAUUCGUUUGAUUAAUACGUGGAACUUGUUGCGACAAUAUGUUGGUUUUCGCCCAGGAUCUUUAGGAAACGUCGAAAGAGCCUUGGGCUGCGGAUUUAGUCGUUGCUUCCAACAGUGGGAAGGGAGUAGCAGGGACUUAACAUAUUUUCUUAUGCGCAUGUUCUGCUUAAUAAAUAAUACUGUCGAAGCACAAAUGCAGUAUCAGAGGGCUUGGAAUGAGGAGCAACAAGAGACACCUCCUGUGAGUUCGGCAAUAAAUUAUCCAACACCCCAGCAAUCUGUUGACCCGCAACUUGCAAACCAGCAAUAUGUUGAACAACAGUAUGUGGACCAAUUUGGUCUACCAAUUCCUCAAAGUUUGCUCGGCUCGAUGGGUACUGGUGAUCUUCUUCACACAUUAUCAAUUUUUAAAAAUAUUUCGGAUAACGAAUCUGCACACUCAAAAGAUAACCAAAACGAACCUGAGAGUGAAGAACCAAACCGUUUAGAUGUACCGGAAGAAAAUAAGGAUACAGAUAUCACAGUAUUAAAAGCUUACAAUCAACACAAAAGAACAGAUUCUAGUUCGUCAAGUUCCAGCGGCAUGAGCUAUGCUGGUGCAGUUCCAGAACAAGAUUUAGUUAAAAAGGAUGAAUCCAUUCCUUUCAGAAGACAUUCAGAUUUAAGUUAUAACACCUUCCAACCUCUCCCGCAAGACAAUUCAUGGAUGCACAUGUCGCAGCCAUCAACCUCUCAGUAUGAUGCAACCUCUUCUCAUUAUGGAGAACUUUCUCAAUAUGAUCAAAACCUUACAUAUGGUGAUUCCUUGCAUUAUGUCGAUCCCUCUCAUUACAUCGACCCAUCUCUUUAUGGUCAAUCCUCUGGUAACGAUCAAACCGUCCCUUAUGUGGAAGAAUCCGGUAGCGGCAACAUCCCUCCUUACGGUGAUCCGGUUUAUUUCGAAGAAUUAUCUCGUUAUAUGUAUAAUACGUUUCAAUCAACGCCACCUCCAUCUGUGAGUGUGCCACCUCCACAACCCAGUGUACAUAUUCCUAAUGAGCCGGGAAUACAAGAAAUAUUGGAACAAAAUUUAGAAUCGUUCGCACCGUUCGAGCUAAAUACGCCACAAAACCCAGUGGUACACUUCCCACAAAGAACCGAGUCUCGAAUAGUAAUCCCACAAUCAAGAGUUCCAGAUCAAGAUCUCUCGAAUUUAGCUGCAGCUGGACAAGUUGCACGUGCAUUCAAACCUGAAAAAGUUUUUGAAAUCGAAGGUGGAGGACUUACCAUGGCGGGAUACGUCACUCUCGAAGAAUUAUGGUUCCCGCAAGUAUAA